GGCCUCUCCUCUUUCGGACCGUUGCUGUGAGUGGCGGAGGCGGCCGCGGGCUGCUUGACUGUCUCUGCCCUUCCUCCAAUGGCGGCUUCCGCCGAGCUGAGCCCCUCAGUCGAGCGCUGGAAGAGACGCUACCUGGCCGGACAGAAUAAUUCUCUGGAUGCAGCACAGGCCAAAUGCAAAAGUAGAAGUUCCCUAAUAUCUACAGAGAAAAUGAACAGCUCACUUGAUGAUACAAUUGCAUCGUUACUCAAAUGCUCCUCACAGUUAAAAUAUACUGGCAAUAGAAGAAAGCAAAAUACAAAGCAUUUUUCAGACACUUCAAAGAAUGUUAAAAACUUAAGUCGGCAGGGUGAUGAGUUGGAUUCUCUGUAUGGCUCAAGUCAGCGUGACAUACAGCCUGAGUUCGUUGGAGAUUCCCCCAGAGACACGUAUUCAGAAUCAGACAUUACUCUGCCAUCCAGUUUGACAGUGACCACAUCUUGUGAUUAUGAUAGUGGUGGUGAACCAGCAAGAGAGAGAGUGAGAAUUCUUGAAACCCAAGAACUAAAUGGGAAAAACUUGAUACCAUCUCAUUUCAGUCAAAUCUAUCGUGAAUUAUCUAUCAUACAUCAAAAGCUGCAGCAAGAAAAAUUAGCCCAGGAGGAAUAUGCUUUAAAACUUGAAAGACGUGAGCACUGUUUGGCGGAACGAGAGACCCUGCUUUGUAGACAUGAAGCUGCUUUGACCAAGAUAAGAAGUGUUGAGGAGGAAGUUCACACAAAAUUUCAAAUUAUGAAAGAGCAACAUGAAGCUGAAAUCCAACAGCUAUCUGAAGCUUUGAAAGAAAAAGCAAAGGAAAACAAAAGGCUUAAAUCAUCAUUUGAAACUUUGAAGGAACUGAAUGAUGCAUUAAGACAACAGCUAAAUGACAUAAGUGAGCAAAACAAGAAGUUGGAAGGCCAGUCUCGAAAGGUGCAAGCUCGUUUAGAGAAUUUGCAGCGGAAGCAUGAAUUUUUAUCCAUACAGAAAUCUAAAGAAGCUUUCCACACAGCCCAGGAACGAAAGGUUAUCAAGCCAGAAAAAACAAUAACAUCAAAAAGUUACAAAAUACCAAUUAAUUCACACAUAUAUGACCUUUUAACGGUGUUAAUGGACUGGAUCUCAGAUCAGCACCUGAGCAAAUUGGUAGCAGAGGAAGAGAAAGCUUCUGAAUGUCUUCUAACAGGCACGCUUGCUUCCAGCAGAAACUACACACAGGAGAAGUGUAUCAGGUUUUUGCCUCUAGUUGCUGAACAGUUUCAGUGGAUGCCCUUUGUGAAUCCUGACUUGCACAUGCAUGUGGUUAAAUUCAUUUACUGGGCUAUCAGGCAGUUAGAUGGAGGCACACAGUAUGCAACAAUGACAUCAACAAUGAGAAGACUGGGCGAAGACCUGUUUAAAGGUGUUGUGCCAAAGGGAUGUCAAUAUAUUUCUCCUGAACAUACUACCGAUCCCAAGCCAAAGUCCGCAGCAUUUUUUAAAAGCUCCAGUUUGCCUUUAAGACUUGUAUCAACCUUAAUUAUAAUCAAAACAGUGACACAAGCUGAUUACCUGGCUCAAGCCUUUGAUUCCCUUUGUGUGGAUCUGAAGACAGAUGAAGGGAAGGCCUUGUUUUUGGACUACCAAGCUGUGCCUGUUAUCUUGAGUCAUAUAAGAAUAUCGAGUAAAGGUGUUCUUUCCAACGCCGUUGACAGUCUGCUUCAGAUGACAACGCAAUCCAGGUUUUUGCAUCCGUUUCUGGAAGCUUGCAGUAAUGAGACCUUUUUUCGCACUUGUUCACUGUUGCUUCGAAACCCUAAGCUAGAUACACAGAUCCUGGAAAAACUUAGUAUUCUGCUGCAAAAGCUCUCAAAAAUUAAGGGCAAUAAGAAGAUGUUUGAACUGUUUACGAUUCACCUGAUGAUUCAAGAGCUACAGAGGACAACGCAUCCAGAUCAUGCUUUCUUAUGUAUAAACCUCAACUCAAUUCUCUUUAACUUGGGACUGACAAAAAGCAACCCCAAAAGCAAUAGUUUAAAUGGGAGCCAGUAACAAAUUGCAUUGUAUUAAGGCGUUUUC